GGGGCACGGGCUUGUUCACGCACUGCGCGAGUCCGUCUAAAUAUGGACGGCGGUGACAACCCUGCUCCCCUUCUCAGCCAGGAGGCCCCCUCGGGGAUUCGCGGAGAGAUCUCUGUCGAAAACGAAGCCGCCCGCGGGUGCCAGGCGAGGGCGGAUCGACGGCAAGGAAAGGGGCUCGACGGGCUUUGUGUUGUGGAUAAGGGCGAGGAACGGAGUCGGGUGCCCGAGCACCAAACACCAGCACCAGCAUUCGUUGCCGUGCGGUUCACGGGCUCACGGACAGUAAAGAUCCAAAGUCAAGGGGGGGUCUGAAAAGGGCCGGACGCAUAGACGGGAGCCCCUAUUGUGAGAAUGCCUUGUUUGUGAUGGAGGCUAAUCGGAUUGUGAUGGGCUGAUUGACACUAGCACCGCGUCCCACAAAGUACCGCCACAGACAUUCCCUUGUUUCUUGCGUGCUUGCCCAGACGUGGAACGCAUCCCUCGAUAGUUGAGGCGGGCUUCAUUGUCAGUUGGAGACAUGGCGCGACGGCUUGAGGGAGUCCAUCUUGGAUAGACAGUAUCCAGCAGACACCCCCCUCAAGAGAUGGCCGAUUCAGGCUCAGCCGAGGACGAUGUGGGAGGUGGGAGCGCAACGGAGAAGCCCGUCACGUGGGGCCUGGCUCUCUGCAAAUGUUCCAGAAGACUUCUUUUUGAUGGAGCCCUGUUGGUGGGGCGCUGCUAGGUACGCAGACAAUGGUGGAGGCUGCCAGGGCUGCGUGCGCUGCGAAUGGCCCGGCAGGAGCGAGGGAAGGAAGGGCCGUGUCAGAAUCUGUGUCAACUCGGGUGGAGCUCAUUGGGGCCGGCCCAGACGGAGUAGGGGCAGGGACGGCUGAAACAGUGCCGUGGGCUAGCGCAGUGGGGCUGCCUAUAGGUGACCUCUGCAGCUCCCAGCUGUCAACUUGAUGAAGGGGCCCGUGGGCACUCGGCUGGCGGCCAGCGAGGGACGGACUGCCAGUUGGCC